CUCAUAAGCACAUAUAUCUUGUAUAACUCGAUGCGGGCUUUUGCAUAUCACGCGGAUGUCUCCGUGGAGACGAGCGCACUGUGGCUGGCAACUUUGACGGCGGGACCCGUCGUGUGCCAGGUGGUCGCUAUUUUGCGGGGCGCCCGCCCUGUUCAACGUUACGACACGUUAGACGCACGCGAGGUAUAUGAGUUCUUCAUUGCGCCUCUAUAUAAGCCAUAUGUCCUAUUUUCCGAUUCGACCACUUGUAUCCAAUCUCCGACGCCGCCUUCUCGCGCAAAACGGUGCGCCAGUCGCUUAGGCCUGAUGCCACGAUGCUGCCUGGACCUGUACGGUGGGUGCAUCACGAGGGUUGUGCACAAUGAUUACUACGUAACUUGGGCGAGUGGACCGUUUGCAAAGUAGGCGACGCGACCACCACCACCACCGG